UUUUUUUCUCGAGCUGAGACGGAAUGUGCAGAUUCCUGUCUUAUUUUCCCAGCGGAACAUCGUCGUGACUCCGGUCAGUCUACAGCGGGAGUGAGCGUCACUGGCGACAAGCAUGCAGCAUGACGUGGAGUUGCACUUGUGCCUCUAACAGGCUGUUUACCUGCGUGGAAACGGGGCAAGGUCGCACAUCGUGUCGGUGCAGAAGCUUCAUGAGCGGCGGCCGUGCGUAACGCAGGCUCUCCAUGGAGGACCGCUGGAUCAGCCGCUCUUUGCAAUCAACACUUUAAGUAACACUUGAAACAAUUAUGAAUCAAGAUACAGAAGGGAUUUCCUUCGCCGUGCCUCCUUUCGGUACUGGUCCAAACAGAGAAACUGUCAAUGGGGAACAUUCCACCAGCAACACCGGUGGAGGUGGUGGAGGAAUUCCAGCAGCGGGGACUUUCUGGCAGGAUCCCCUGGUUGGAAGCAGCGGACUCAGCCCGACCACCGGGGAUGGUCCGAUGGAAGCCGGAGGCUCGCUGUCAUCCUGCAAGUCGACUAAAAGCAGGCCGGUGACGGUGGCUUAUGUGGUGAACGGCGAGGCGAGCCAGCAGAAUAACAACGCGGAAAACAUGGCCCUACAGUGCCUGAAGGAUGCCUGCGACAGGGUGGGCAGCAAGCUGGACACGGUGAACUUUAGCAAACUGGACUUUGGAGAGACAACAGUGCUGGAUCGCUUUUACAAUGCAGACAUAGCUGUUGUGGAGAUGACGGAUGCUUUCCGUCAGCCCUCACUCUUCUACCAUCUGGGAGUCAGAGAAAGCUUCAGCAUGGCCAACAACAUCAUCCUGUACUGCGACACUAACUCCGAGUCUCUCCAGUCUCUGCAGGAGAUAAUUUGCCAGAAGAACACUACAUGCUCAGCCAACUACACCUUCAUCCCAUACAUGGCUACUCCUCACAACAAGGUGUACUGCUGCGAGGGUAGCCUCAUGAAGGGUCUGACGGAGCUGAUGCAGCCAAGCUUUGAGAUGUUGCUGGGACCAAUCUGCAUGCCCCUGCUGGACCGCUUCAUUCAGCUGCUCAAAGUGUCACAGGGCAACUCUCACCAGUACUUCAGAGAGACGAUUCUGAAUGAGAUCCGUAAAGCUCGGGAACUUUACACCGGUAUGGAGCUGUCAGCCGAACUGAGCCGAAUUCAGCAGAGGCUGGACAACGUGGAGUGUCUUUCAGUCGACGUGGUCAUUAACCUGCUGCUGACAUACAGGGACAUCCAGGAUUAUGAGUCCAUUGUGAAGCUGGUUGAAACUCUUGAGAAGCUGCCGACCUUUGACCCCAUGGCCCAUCCACAUGUGAAGUUCCACUAUGCUUUUGCACUGAACCGGAGGAACCUGCCUGGAGACAGACAAAAAGCUCUGGACAUCAUGCUGCCCCUGGUGGAGGGGGAGGAGCAGGUAGCAUCCGACAUCUACUGUAUGGUGGGACGGAUCUAUAAGGACAUGUUCCUGGAGUCUCACUUCACGGACACACAGAGCAGAGACAGAGGGACCCUCUGGUUUAAAAAGGGGUUCGAGUCUGAGCCAACACUACACUCUGGUAUCAACUAUGCUGUUCUACUGCUGGCAGCUGGACACCAGUUUGACACGUCCUUCGAGCUCCGCAAAGUUGGGGUUAAACUGAGCAGCCUGCUGGGCAAAAAGGGCAGCCUGGACAAGCUGCAGAGCUACUGGGAUGUGGGCUUCUUCUUGGGCGCCAGCAUACUGGCCUGUGACAACACCAGGGUCAUCCAGGCCUCUGAGAAACUCUUCAAGCUCAAGGCUCCCAUCUGGUAUCUGCGCUCUCUUGUAGAGACCAUCUUAAUCUAUCAGCACUUUAAGAAGCCUGGCAGCGAGCCGCCGGCACCUAAGCAGGAGCUGGUAGACUUUUGGAUGGACUUCUUAGUGGAGUCGACCAAAAAAGAUGUCUCCUCUGUUCGAUUUCCGGUGUUGAUAUUAGAGCCUACAAAAGUAUACCAGCCUUCAUAUUUGUCCAUAAACAAAGACGUGGAAGACAACACUGUGUCCAUCUGGCACGUUGCUCCCGAUGACAAGAACAAGGGGAUACAUGAGUGGAACUUUGUUGCCACAUCUGUUCGAGGUGUCAGUAUCUCCAAGUUUGAUGAACGUAGUGCCUUUCUCUACGUCCUGCACAAUGCAGAGGAUUUCCAGAUCUAUUUCUGCACAGAGAUGCACUGUAAAAGGUUUUGUGAACUGGUCAACAGUAUAACAGAAGAAGCCUGGAAGUACCCUGAAGAAGGAGACUGUGACACUGACGCCUUAGAGUACGACUAUGAGUAUGACGAACACGGAGAGAGGGUGAUCCUGGGAAAGGGCACAUUUGGGGUUGUUUAUGCGGGCAGAGAUCUCAGCAACCAGGUCCGAAUAGCCAUCAAGGAAAUACCAGAGAGAGAUAGCAGGUACUCUCAGCCACUCCACGAGGAAAUCGCUCUCCACAAACACUUAAAGCACAAGAACAUUGUCCAGUACCUGGGCUCUAUUAGUGAGAACGGCUUCAUCAAGAUCUUCAUGGAGCAGGUGCCUGGAGGGAGCCUGUCGGCAUUGCUGAGGUCCAAAUGGGGCCCUUUAAAAAACAACGAGCCCACCAUCGGCUUCUACACCAGGCAGAUCCUGGAGGGCCUCAAAUACCUGCAUGACAACCAGAUCGCUCACAGAGACAUUAAGGGGGAUAAUGUCCUAAUUAACACCUACAGUGGCGUACUGAAGAUAUCAGAUUUUGGCACAUCCAAAAGGUUGGCUGGAAUCAACCCCUGCACUGAAACAUUCACAGGCACAUUGCAGUACAUGGCUCCUGAAAUUAUAGACAAAGGUCCCAGAGGAUACGGCAAACCAGCGGACAUCUGGUCCUUAGGCUGCACCAUCAUAGAGAUGGCAACUGGUAAACCACCAUUCUAUGAACUUGGUGAACCACAAGCUGCCAUGUUCAAGGUCGGCAUGUUUAAGAUCCACCCAGAAAUCCCAGACACAAUGUCACCGGAAGCCAAAGCUUUCAUCCUGCGUUGCUUCGAGCCUGACCCUGAUCGCCGCUCCACUGCUGUCGACCUGCUCACCGACGAGUUCCUCACCGUCACCAGCCGAAGGAAAAAGAGCAGGACUGGCCUUGCAGCUCCAUCUACAGGAUCAGAGUACCUGCGCAGCAUCUCCCUGCCGGUUCCGGUGGUGGUGGAGGACACCAGCAGCAGCAGCGAGUACGGCUCCGUCUCUCCAGACAAUGACCUCAAUACGAACCCAUUCAGCUUCAAGCCUAGCGUCAAGUGCUACAGCGAGAGAGACAUCAAGGGGCAGAGGCCUCUUUUCCUCAGCAUCCCUGUGGAAAACUUUGAGGACCACAGCGCACCUCCAUCUCCUGAUGAGAAGGAUACCGGCUUCUUCAUGCUGCGGAAGGACAGCGAGAGGCGAGCCACCCUGAACCGCAUCCUGACUGAGGACCAGGACAAGGUUGUAGGCAACCUAAUGGAGGCUCUGACACAGGGCUCUGAGGAAAUGAAGCUGAAGCCUCAGCACAUCUCCACCCUGGUUGUGAGUUUAGCCGACUUUGUCCGCGUGGCCGACAGGAAAAUCAUCGCCAGCACGCUGUCGCAGCUCAAACUGGAGCUGGACUUUGACAGCACCGCCAUCAGUCAGCUGCAGGUCGUGCUGUUCAGCUUUCAAGAUGCUGUAAACAAAGUGCUACGAAAUCACAACAUCAAGCCUCACUGGAUGUUUGCUCUGGACAACAUCAUCCGGAAAGCUGUGCAGACUGCCAUCACCAUCCUGGUUCCAGAGCUACGGCCUCACUUCAGCCUGGCCUCAGAAAGCGACCCGGCCGAUCAGGACGACUUCGACGACGAUGUGGACCCGGGCAGGAACUCCACCCAGCAGAGCCGCCCACCCGCCGCCGUCAUCCACGACGACACCGUGGCCACAUCAGGAGUCAGCACGCUCAGCUCCACCGUCUCCCACGAGUCCCACAACGCACAGCGCUCUGUGAGCAUGGAGCUGGGCAGGAUGAAGCUGGAGACCAACAGGUUGCUCGAGGAGCUGUUGCACAAGGAGAGGGAGUAUCAGGCCAUCCUGCAACAAGUACUGGAGGAAAGGGAGCAGGAGAUCAAGCUGUUGAGGAUGCGAUCUGAGUCAGCAGAACCCCCUCCAGCUUCAGAGGACCUUCAGGGACAGAGAAGGGAAACUUCUGAGAGACAUGAAGACCCCAAGCUUACCAGCUGGCUGAGGCUGUCUGGUGCUGACCAAGACGCUGUCGACAGGAUACUGAACGAGGAGUAUACUUUAAAUGACAUCCUUCAUUAUGUGACAAGAGACGACCUGAAGAGUUUAAGACUGAGAGGUGGAGUUUUGUGUAAACUAUGGAAGGCCAUCACAGACUUCAGGCAGAAGCCAGCCUGACGUCAACCAGCUCAGCAUCCUUCAUCUUUUACCUCAGUAUUUAUAGGAACACGCAGUCGUUUAGGAGGAAAAAAACCUUCCUGCGCUGUGAGGGCAUGACAGCUUUCCAACCACACAAGAAACCUUUUGGGGAAAUAAAGAUUCUGAACUUUUGGAGGACUAACUCUUUAAAAAGUGCCAUUGGUUUUUAAAAGGACCGUAGGAUAAAAUACUUCGUUGUUGUCACAGGUCUGAAAAAAAAAAAAAAUAGUAGUAAGAUUGUCUGGAACAAAACAUUUUCUCGAUUUUUUUGUUACGUUUACAGCAACAGUGACUGAAUGAUUUUUUUAUUUCAUUAUUUAAAAAAGCCUGAGAUACAAAAUACUACAUCCAUCAUCUUUACUAACAUUUUUUUUAUUAUUAUCAAGAAACCCUUAUCACUACUUUAUUUAAGCAGAUUUUAUUUAAUUGUACUGUGGGACACAUCAGUCCAUGCUCAUUGCAUUUGUUUUAAUUUUCUUUUUAUUUAAAUAUUUUCUUUUAAAUUUCUUGUUGAGCUUCACAUCUUCAGUUUAUUGCAAAACGGACUCUUCAUGUAAAUAUCUUAUACAUCCUCUGUGAAUGACUUUUAUGUAAUUUAUAGAAGAUGUUGCUCAGCAUAGCCAAACCUCCAUGUGAAAUGGACCAAGUCUAUAUGAUGAAGACAUGGGAAAUAAGAAUUGUAAAUUAUGUAUUUUCUAGCCUCAGAUCUCAUAGGAAGUAUCAUUCAGUUCAUAAUUAAUUAAUUUAACAUGAUUUUUAUCAUCGGCUUUUGUUGUUGUAUGCUGGCACAGUUGAAUUAAUACCUUGCUUGUAAUCCCUGAGUCAGAUGUACCUUUUGGUGAAAAUUUUAAAAUGCAAAUUUCUCAUUUGUGGGUCUUUUAUAACUGUUUUCUCUGAAAUGGGGGAAAUAAUCAUGAGCAGUUUGUAUGUUUCAUUUUAUAUUCAAGAUGAUUCAAGAUAUUUGUGCUAUUGUUAAAAUAAAAACGUUCAUGUUGAA